UUUAUGGUUUUGUCUCUCAAUUAGCUUCUUGCUAAAUCCUUUUGCUUCCUUCUUUUUCCCUUUUUCUUUUCUCUCUGACUCGUCGAUCACAAGAGAGGCCUUCUCAGGCCUUUUUCACCCUCGCUUUUCCAUUCUUCCUUCUCCCUGGUUCUUUCGUACGAUAAAUAAAUAAAUAAAAAAAUCAAUAAUGGUUCGUACAUCAGAACAAGAGGAAGGCUACAGGAGCAAGCUCUUCAAUUUCAAAUGGAGGAACAACGACAACAACAACAAUAACAACAACGCAGGGAAACAAUCAACCAGCCCCGUCGCUAAACCCGGUUUAGAUGAGGCUGCUGCCGGAUCUCAGCAGGUUGAACCGUUGACCAUAAUCCAUCCUAACAAGACCCCGCUAGUCUCAAGACCGUCUGCGGAUGAAUCAGCGCUCGCCGCGGCACAGGCUCGAGAGAAACAGCUACUCGCAGACAUGGAACAGAUGAAAGAGCGCUUCUCGAAGCUGCUUCUGGGAGAGGACAAUUCUGGUGGAGGCAAAGGUGUUUGCUCUGCUCUCGCUCUCUCAAACGCAAUCACAAACCUUGCAGCGUCUGUUUUUGGAGAGCAACGGCGUUUGGAGCCAAUGCCUGCAGAUAGGAGAGCAAGAUGGAGAAGAGAGAUUGAUUGGCUUCUCUCUGUGACCGAUUACGUCGUUGAGUUUGCUCCGUCUCAGCAAAAGAACAAAGAUGGGACCACUAUGGAGAUAAUGACCACACGCCAACGUAAUGACCUCCACAUGAAUAUCCCUGCCUUGAGGAAACUUGACGCCAUGCUCAUUGAUUGUCUGGAUAAUUUCAAGGACCAAAGUGAGUUCGGCUAUAUCUCAAAAGACUCGCCUGACUCAGACAACGCUAAGGGACAUGACGAGAAAUGGUGGAUUCCCAAAGUAAAAGUACCUCCAGAUGGUCUAUCAGAAGCUUCUAGAAGGUUUUUGCAGUACCAAAAAGAUUGUGUAAACCAGGUACUCAAGGCAGCCAUGGCCAUAAAUGCGCAGUGUUUAUUCGAGAUGGAGAUACCAGAGAGCUACAUCGAAUCUCUCCCCAAGAAUGGAAGAGCGAGUCUAGGGGAUCAGAUGUACAAAAAUAUAACGGUGGAGUUUUUUGAUCCGGACCAGUUCCUGAACAGCAUGGACAUGUCAUCGGAGCACAAGAUCUUAGACCUGAAAAAUAAAAUCGAGGCAUCAAUCAUCAUAUGGAAACGAAAAAUGGUUCAAAAGGAUAACAAAACAUCCGCUCCGUGGGCCUCAGGCGUGAGUCUAGAGAAGCGAGAGGUUUUUGAAGAGAGAGCUGAGACCAUUUUGCUCAUCCUCAAGCAUAGAUACCCAGGGAUUUCUCAGUCUUCCCUCGACAUCAGCAAAAUCCAAUUCAGCAAGGACGUGGGGCAAUCGGUGCUGGAGAGCUACUCAAGAAUACUGGAGAGCUUGGCGUACACGGUACUGUCGAGAAUCAACGACGUUCUAGAUGCAGAUCGAGCGGUGAGCAAGAGGAGCACGACACCAACGGAAUUAGAGGAAGAGACACUUGUGGGAAGCAUGACGUUAUCGGAUUUCAUGGGAUGGGACUUCGAUCAGGGGAACGAAGACUCGGAUUCGAAGAAAGAUACGUCGGAUGAUCCGUUGGCGAAGGAGAAGCUAAAUGUCGUCACUACCAAAAAGACGUCAUACCUCGAUACCCUAGGCGGGGUCAAGAGUCCAACGGCGCGGCAUUGAUCAGGGCGGACUUUUUUUUCAUAGUGGAGAUAAAUUAUUACUUAUUAGGGUUCAAACUAAAAAGAUGGGUUUUGUAAAUUUGUUUCCAUUUCUUUUUUAUCAAAAGCGGGUUUAAUAUUAGACCCAUUUUAUUGUAAA